GAACGGCGGACGCUUCGGUUACACGCAGAUGCGGCUCUGAAUUUUCAGUUUUUCUCGCUAAACAUGACAAAAAGCGGAUAGUCGGCUUCGAUACGGAUUUCGGUUGAGUUACGGAACGGAAUUUAUUUUGCUCUGAGCGUGUUUUUCAAAGGGAAAACUUUUGGGAAAAGUUGGAAAGAGAACAUAUAGACCCUCCGUCACUGAGCAGGAUGGGCAAAGAGCUCAGUAUGGAACACACGGUUUUUCUUCUCGUGCUGGCUCUGACUGUGGUGAGCAGAGGAGCAGCUGAGGUCGGCUUGCACUUGAACCAGACGGCCAAGCAGCAUGUGUGUGUGGAGAACCAGGAGUAUCCACACAACGGUUUCUGCUGCAAAAACUGUGAGGCUGGCACCUACGUGAAGGAGAAGUGCACUGCAGAUCAGGAAAAGGGAAAAUGUGAACCAUGCAAGGAGGGCACCUACGCCGAGCACCCGACCGGCAUGGACCAGUGCCUUCAGUGCAGUAACUGCCCUGCAGGUCAGAUAACAACAGAGAUGUGCACAAACACGGGAAACACUAAGUGCGAGUGCAAGCCCGGCACUUUCUGUCUGCCAGAUGAGCCCUGUGAAGUGUGCAAAAAGUGCACUAGGUGCAAAGCAGAUGAAAUUGAGGAACGGCCAUGCACUCCAACCUCCAACACAAAGUGUAAAAAACGCCCUUUAUCACCUCAUGACCCCACUGUGACACCCACAAUCUCACCUGCACCCAGAAACGACAGCCACGGCACCACAGUGAGUGUGGUUUUAGGGCUUCUAUGCUUCAUUCUUCUUUUGGUCGGUGUCGGUGUGGUGGUUUUGCAGAAGAGACGACUCUGUAGAAAACAAGCAAGCCCAGUGGCUCAAAAUAAUGAAGUGAAGAUUCCAAUAGACGGUGUUAGUGUCCCUACCUCUGAGGAGUGUGAGAACAGCCGUAACGCAGGACUAGAGGAGGCAGAGCUGCCUCGCACUGAGUUUCGUCCCCUGCUGCAGGAGACGCAUAUCCUGGGGGGUAAAAGCAUCCCGGUGGAAGACGAGGACAGAGGACUUGGGGACAGCCUACCAAACACCACCAGCUCCUCCCAGACCAGUCUAUCAGCCCUGCCAGUCAACAUGCCACUUCCUGUCUCAGCAAAUUGUGAGAGGGAGGCGGAGUCAUGGGCCAGGGAGGAUGGCACGCCCAGAAGACUUGUUCCAUUACUUGCUGAGGAGGUGUCUCUAAGCAAGAGCUUUGACCUGUUUGACGUUCUGGAUGUGCGCGUGCACAACAAGUUCUUUCGUAGCAUUGGCGUAAGUGAUAACGCCAUCAAGCUUGCAGAGUCGCACAAUGCUAGCGACAAAGUGUACGAACUGUUGCGUGUGUGGAUGCAGCGUGAGGGACUCCGCGCCAACAUCAACCACCUGCUGCAAGCGCUGCUCGAUCUCGACCAGCGCUACUCCGCCGAACAGAUCGCCUCCCGCGCAGUUGAGCGCGGCUACUACAAAUACGAGUGAUUUAAAAAAAAAAAAAAACACCUCGUAACGAACUUGCAAAAUGGAAAGUAUCAUGCUUUUCCUUUUCACAGCCUAUAAUGGACUAAAGGUGCAAAUGUUGUUUACGGCGAGCUGGUUAAUAUGAACAAAACUCAUUUAAACAGACUUGUGAACUAUAACAAGCAACUUGGCAUUUGAGAGUCAUGUGGAGGAGCUAGUUUUUGGUUUUUUUUUUUUGGCUGCUGUAGCUGAACAGAUCAUCAUGCCUCCCAUUACCUCUUAAGCCUAUAAAAAAAAGAAAAAAGAAAAUGCAUGUACACAAUUGUAAAACUGUACUGCAGAAGAUAAAGUUGCAUACGAGAAUCAGAGAGGAGCAACACUUUAAUUCAACGCUCCUCUUUCGUCCACACGUGCACUGACGUUCUGCAGCUAAACAGAUCGUCACGACUAACGUAAACGUCGUUGCAGCGUUUUCUGUUUUUACGAACCAAACACUGGGCUGUGAAUAUAAAUAAGAUGAUUGUUAAGACAUUGAAACACACUCAUCGAGAGCAGGUUGAUGCAAGGAAGAGAAUGUCGUGUUUGAGACAGCCAGAGAGAGGAGUUAGCUUUUGUUUGUCUCCUGAAGCUCUGUUUGUAGCAACAUUUUUUUUUUUUUUUUUUGGCUUUAUUGAAGCCAACACUGGAGUCAGCGAAGAUUCACGCUAGGUAACAGCGUGGCUUCGUCUCAAAUUGUGCACUGGCCUCAGGCUUUUUUUUUUUUAAACUACAGGUUGGUCCGAAGCCCGCAAAGAUUUUUUUUUUUUUAGCGGUGACGGCGAAAAGUAGCUGUAAUUAUAGCGGACAAAUGUUUGGUUUUGACUAAUUGGUUUUUGUGCACGUUUAUAGUUGAAACUACAGGCAGUUGAACCCCUAGACUACACUACAUGCUACUAAGAUUUUUGUCACGUUUUUCCAUUGUUCACUGAUAUUGACUAUGGUAGAGUGGAGGAAGGAAGGGGACACAAAGACGAUUUGUGCUUCGACAUAAGUCAAGGCCAUAAAGCUUUCUACCAUAGACUCGCUCACGCAAAACAACUAUGGUUCUUCAGAAAGGAAAAUGCUUUAUGAAACAGUAAUAGACAGUAAAGAUUGAUUUACAGUCACGGUUUAGCGUUAACAUACUGUUUGCUAAGGAAAUGUCACCUAUUGAUGGAUGUAUUCUUCUUCCUACAACAGCAGCUCAGUGUCAUUGUGAACAGUGAACGUCUUCUGUCAGUUACACAAACGCCUCUUCCAUUUCCUUAUUUAUGUAGAAUUUGGAUGUAUUUAUUGUCAUAGUAGAACUAUGUGUAAUUAUUUAUACCUGUUAACCAUAUCCAAGUGUGUCGUUGUGUGUAAUCUUCCAUUUGCCUUGCAGUGUAAGGCACUACAACUGCGGCAAGUGGCAUGUUUUUUGAGAUGCCAAAAGCUUCAGUCUGUUUGGCACAAGCUCCUACAUUUCUUAAUGGGUGCUCCAUUGCUCCCGUUCAACACACAACAAAAACAAGAGAACUUCCUUUUUUUAUUUUUAUACUCUCAACCUAUUGCAUAUAGUAAACCAUGGAUGUGUUGGUACGUGUGCAUUUUUUUUUGUUGUUGUUGUUGUUUGUUUUGUUUUUUUGUUUGGGUUCUUUUUAGUUCUCAUGGAAAGAUGAAGGUCUUUUCCGAGCAUCGAGAUUUAAAUUUCAUUUAUUUUUGGCCUGAGCUGUAUAUAGUCACAGAAUGAACCAUUAUAUUGUCAGAAAUUGCAGAUAUAUUAUAAAUAUACGUAUCUAUAGAAACCUAGAGUGAAGAUAAUGAAGUAUAGUGACAUCCUACAAUCUGAAGGAACAAACUGACUGUUGAAUGAGUUCAUAAUAGAAAAUUAUAUGAGGUAAGUCAGUAUGAAGCUAUUAUACUGUGCCUAUUGUAAUUUGAUACCAUUUUAUAAGAAUUUUUCUAAACUAUAAUGAUGCUGUUACAGCCUACAACAGAGUUAUAAUUAUUUAUUGAUGACGACUUCUUAGAGAUUGUUGCCGUUUAUAAUUUUCUAUAUAUAGAUCACUCCCUUAUUGGCUCAUUUGUGUGAUACUAAAUGAACUUAGACCUUUGACUCAGCUAUGUAGGUAGCGUCAUAGCUGUAUAAACUCUAGUUGUAAGUAAGAGUGUAUUCUCGAAACAGGAAAAAAAAAAAUAAAAGACUCUCUCUGUUCAGUGUUCAUUUAGCUCAUGUAACAGUGCAGGCACUGCCACCUAGUGUUUUCAGAAGUGAAAUAUUAUUAUAAUAUGGAUUGAUACUGUCUGGUCCAAAAGUCUUGAGUUUAUUGUCUAGCACUGCGAUCAGUGACUGAGAUCCUUCACACACAUCCUUUUUUAUUAGUCCAAAAUCUGUGUGUUUUAUAAAAACUAUAGGAAUGAUAAAGUGUAACGCAUUGAGGACCUCGGAUAUUUAAUCAGAUUUUUAAAAAUGAAUUUUUAUUGAAGCUUUCAUGGGAAAAGUGCUGUCAUUUGGAUAGACCUUUCCAUCAGAGUUUCAUUAAAACUUUUGGACCAGACUGUACGUGCAUCAAUUUCAAGGGACCUGUUUUUCUUUUUUCCAUCUUUUCUCUCUUCAUGCACUUCAUGCACAGUGAGUCAUGUUUUUUUUUUUUUUUUUUUAAAUACAAGAACAACUCAUUCAGUAGAUAAGCUCAAUUUUUCAUGAUUUCUCUAUAUUAUCUACUUUACUCAUAGUUCAGCUUUAUUUCUUUUAACACAUCUGUUUUUUCUUCCUAUGUAUUGCCCCACUUAGACACUUGUUCACUCGUUAACAGUUGUAAGGUAUUUGCUGUUGCAAAUGCAUUUGUAGAAUGAUUUAAUUUUGAAAUAAACAUUUCUUACUAAAUGUGAA